AUGCCAACCAGUGCUCCCACUACGAGAAUCAUGCCUACAGCCAGCAGACCUGGAAAAAAACCCAAAGAUGUGGCUUCCGUUACACCAAAGAUCCCAGACUACGAGCCCAACAUCCCUGAGCCGACAUGCAGAGCUGAUCUUCUCAAAUACUGGAUCAACCUUUCCUUGGAUGACAAGACAGCCAAUAAGAUGCUGUGGAUUACAGAGAGUGGAUCCAAGGUAUCACGCAUGACUGAUAACGUCACUUGUCCUGUCCUGGACAGACCAGAGAGAUAUGAGCAUAUCCCCCAGGUUCUUUGCAAAGAAGGCAUUUUGGGCUUCCGAGCUUACUGGGAAAUAAAAUAUUCAGGCUGGGUGGUCGCCGGAGUCACCCAUGAAAAGGCAGGGAGAAGGGGAAGUGACGGACCCUGCGGGCUUGGAGAAAGCGAACAGUCCUGGGGUCUUGGGUGGGGUGGAUCCCAUUACCAGUUGUGGUUCGAUGGUAUUAGCACUGAAAUCUGGGACAUUCCCCAAUACACUACAAUUGGGGUGUACCUUGACCAUCCAGCUGGUGUCAUCAAUUUUUAUGCAGUCGAAGAAGAGAAGGAGGAAGAGGGAGGAGAAUAUAUGAGGAAGAUCCAAUUGCUGCAGCAGAUUAAGAGCUCCUUCAAGGGAAAAAUGAUGGCAGGUUUCUGGGUGGGACAAAAAUCAUCAUGCAUGUUAGUUAAGCAAGAGGAGUAA